AUGGCGUCCUUAUAUCAAUCGGAUCGCAACAAGUACGAAUGCAGUUGCGGAGCCUGGGACUCGUUGGGGCUUUUGUAUUUUUGUCGUCAUUGCUCGGUUACCAGAUGUUCUUCUUGUGUUCUCGUCGAAUUGGAUUGUUUCCUUUGCCAGAAUUGCCUCGAAAGCGCUCCCGUCACCGAAGCCCGCCUCAAAAAGAAUCGAUGUUUUGCGUGCAACUUUUGUCCUUUUUGCGCUACGGUUCUUACGAAGAAAACGUGUGUGAAUAGCGGAAAUACGUUCCUGUCGUGUGGGGUGUGCCGAUGGUCAACGCGCGAUGCCGGAAUUCCUGAUCAAAGCAAGACUACGACCGAUUGGCCAAUGCCGGAAAAUCCACUCAGCAAAAGAUUGAACGAAAUUUCUGGCCAUUUCAAGGACUUGGAAACGAGAGAAAAGGCUCGAAAAGAGAAAGACACAACUAAGAGGCGGACGAACUUUGGCGGUUUCGAUGCUUCAAAGUUUUCGGAUCGAUUCGGAGUGCAAAAGAUGAUACAAGCUCGUAAAAAGGCUAUCGAAACACCUGCUUCCACUGUCGAGUCUCACGUUGCCACAGCUGAUGUUCCAGCAUUGCCUGAUGAUGUGUUCGAAUCAACGGCUGCUAUUCAACUACCACUCAAUGUCAUCAAUAAACAGCCAUUGGUUGAGGAAACAACAUUGCUUCCCGUUCGUCUUCCUUUAAAGGGCAGAAAGGCCAUUAGAUGCCGUAAAUGUGAACACCAUCUUUUGAAGCUAGACUAUAGUCCAAAUGCGAUCAAUUACAAAAUCUCGGCUUUUGCCCGCAACACAAUCCCAGAGAUUCGAUUGUCAAGGGGGGUCGAGCUUGUGGUCGGACAACAAUCGUCUAUUUUGCUCACCUUAUUGAACCAUAGUGAAAAUGGGAUGCAGAUUAUUCUCACGCCAGAUGCGGAUGAUAGUGCUUUUGAAAUUGUGACAGAAAGUAUCGACAUAACUUUAUCCCCGUUAGAUGCCGCCGACGUGUUGCUUGGAGCUGAAGAGUCAAAAUACUCCGCCGCUUCUUCGUCAAGUUCUUCAAACAUCGUGUUUCAACGAAGAAAUCGUGUCGGAAUUAGGCUCGAUUUGUGCCCAAAGGUCGAUUUCAAGUGCCUCCCGUUGUCUCUGAAGUUUAAAAACAUCCAUACUACAGCAAAAUUGGAAACAUCGGCCGAUUGGAAGAUGGUGAAAGUUCGAGUUGGACUAGACAAG